CCUUUCUAUUUCCCUUCAGCUGCGUAUGCCUUUAAUUUAUUUUUCUUUUCUCUCUGCAGUUUGUUGCCGAAAUCGAGCGCCUUCCCAUUGUCCCCUUCCCUCUCCAAACUCCGCUAAAAAAGAAUGGAGAAACAAGAGUGCCUCCGCAUUCGAACCUUCCAGAACAUUCCAACACCCGAGGAAUUCGCUUCUCAAAUCGAACUCAGAAACGUCCCCGCUGUGUUUGUUGGAUGCGUUAAGAAUUGGAAGGCUUUUACUCUCUGGAAUCCAUCCAAUGGCGGCCUUGACUACUUGCAGGGACGAGUGGGGUCAUCAGUUGUGGAUGCUAUGCUAUCCAAAUCUGCACCAGUAUUUUAUGGUGAUAUCAGAAGGCAUGAUAGGGUUCCAUUGCCCUUCUCUACAUUUAUAGGAUUUUGCAAGGAGCUGCACGGAGACAUUGAUAGUAAUUCAGGUGCUUGCUGUAAGUCAGAAAAAGACAUGCCAUCAGAUGAAUCAAGCCAAAUAUGUAUAGCAUCCGAAGAUGAUAACAAGCAAGUUUAUUUAGCGCAGGUUUCUAUUAUGAACACUGAGCAUGAGGAAAGAGUUCAAUUGCCUACUCUUAGGGAAGACAUUAAGCUGCCUGAGUUUUUGGAGGCAAAAUCCUUGGCUUCUAUCAAUUUGUGGAUGAACAGUGCCCGAGCUAGAUCAAGUACUCACUAUGAUCCACAUCAUAACGUUCUCUGUGUAGUCAGUGGAUGUAAACAAGUUUGCUUAUGGCCUCCUUCAGCAAGUCCUUGCUUAUAUCCAAUGCCAUUGCACGGGGAGGCUUCAAACCACAGUGCUGUUGCUUUAGGAAAAGCUGAUCUUUCAGUUCACCCGAGAGCAGAAACCUCAGAGAAAAUUUCACAGAAAGUCACUAUUCAUGCCGGGGAUGCACUUUUCAUUCCUGAAGGGUGGUUUCACCAAGUGGAUAGUGAUUGUCUGACCAUGGCAGUGAACUUUUGGUGGCGAUCUGAGGUGAUGUUAGCAAUGUCAGAACACAUGGAUUCUUAUUACAUGCGCAGAAUAUUAAAAAGACUAACUGACAAAGAAAUGAACCAAGUGCUUUGUACAGCACCAAACCAUGUGGGUCAAACAAUGUCAAAUACAAUAGAGCAGUCGGAUAACAGAAAAACAGAUAAUGAUGUGCCUAUUCUGAACAAAGACAGUUCGAGCAAGGGUUCUAAAGCAAAGAAGCUAAAAGAAAAGACCAUGUUGCAUGAACUGGAACCACUUGCUGUGCAGUCCCUUCAUGCACUUGUGUCUUUAGUCCAUGACCUUGUUAAUACUGCUGAUCAGAGUCAGUCAGCAGACCCUUCUACAUCAGAUGUUUUUGCUGUUGGAGAAAAAGGUGGAAGUAAACUUAGUGUAAAAGAUGCCUGUCGUUUAGAAGAUGAUCCAGUUGCAAGUAUCAUUUGGAAACUCCAACCGCUUACCCUUCAAAGUGUCUUGAUUGCAAUGGCGCAAAAUUUUCCAAGAACUUUAGAAACUUUGGUUCUGCACUUGCUUUCGCCAGUGGGGGCUGAGGUCCUUACUAGGAGGUUGGAAGAGAUGGAUCAAUUAAUGGAUGAAGAAGAUCGGAACGAUUUCUAUCAGAUUUUUUAUGGGGUAUUUGAUGACCAGUUUGCCGUGAUGGAUGCUUUACUGAAUCAGAAAGAGUCAUUUGCACUUCAGGCUUUCAGAAACGUUCUAGACAAAUAUUUGGGAAUUAAGUUUAAUGGAUCAACACCAUGGGUUGGAUAAAACAUCUAAUGACAGGGACUCCCUCAAAGCAACUGGGCACUUCAGUAUGCAAAUUAAUUGCUCACCAGUAGCAAUUCUUUCAUACUUGUGAGUUUUACCGUGUAUAUUUACAUAUUACUUCCAAGUUUAGUAUGUUUAAGCUCUUUGUCUGUUUCAAAUAAUUUUGAACUUAAAUACAUUUUUUGCUAAAAUGUCACAAAACAAUUUCAGUGCCUAUCAACAGAUCUACUUCUAAUCCUUGAGCAUGCUGCAGAAUUAACUUAAAAAUACCUAGCUUGACCCCUCUACUGAGAUCCUCUACAACUACAACUGCUUUACAUAGAUAUUUUAAUAUUUCCCCUCUAUUUAUAUCCUCGAAAAGGUUUUAAAUUCGAUCCUCCAGAGCUACUAAUUCUUUGUAAAUACAAUAUUUUGAUUUUUAAUAUUGAUAUACCACCUACCAGUCUACCACUAUUGACACUUUAUGUUAAUAUUUUAAUAUUAACAUUUGAAACUUUGUAAUAUAAUAUACUUAAAUGAUCACAAUCACAAAAUAUCACAUCAUACCUAAUAAUUCCAAAAUUAUAAGGAUGGCAAAUAUAAAUAAUACCAUGACAAUUAAUCAUGUUGCCGCCAGAUUAUACGAAUUUAAAGUUGUCAUAAGAUACUCUCACACAAAAUAACACAAGUAUAUGACCUAAAAUUCUUAAAGAACUAUAAGAAAACGUUUGCAUCGCACAUAUAUUAAGCUAGUAUUUAGGAAUAUGAGUAAAUGCUUUUGAUAGAUGAGACUCGAGAGAUAUUUUAGUUUGCUUCCGGAAUCAGAUCGAGUUGAUUAGAUAUUAAAGUUUAUCUAGUAUUACUCUAAUAAAGAUUGUAAUGGCUCAGAGAGGAAAUGAACUAAUGGGAGAAAGUCUCUUUUGUAGUACUCUUAAGGAGAGGGAGCGAUGAACUUUUGUCUGUGAUCUAAUAGUUGCACAUAAGCAGCCAUGCUAAUGUGAAAUUUGAACGCACUUGUGGUCCAAAAACAAUACCUAUAUGAUCUCUUAAAAUUUAUUUGAUUUAGUUGGUAAAAGCUACUAAGAAACA